AUGGUCACUCUGGCCCUCUACCACAGGGCACGCAGUGGCAUUGACUGGCAGUCUCACUGCCAUAUGGGACUGAGACAGGAUCACCACAGCCCUCCUGGGAGUGCCUGCGUGUGUGGUGGGCUGGGAGCAGGACAGAGCGCUUUCCCCCGUAUUUUUAUAUUCCGAUUAUGUAACUGUGCUGCUUGCAUAACCGCGACAAUAAGUGUAGGAUUUGUCCAAGGAUCAACACGGAGCAGCUCCUGCCAGCCGUUCCCGAGUGUCCCUCCCAGCCGCCCCGCUCGGAGCGCGCAGAUAAGGCCUACAUUUGCAUGUGGAGGAGUUGUAUCUGGAGAGUCAGGGUUUAUUGGGAGUGAAGGAUUUCCUGGCGUCUACCCACCAAACAGCAAAUGUACUUGGAAAAUUACCGUCCCAGAGGGAAAGGUGGUGGUGCUUUCUUUCCGGUACCUGGACCUGGAGAGCGACACGCUGUGCCGCUACGACUUCGUGGACAUCUACAGCGGCCACGCCAACGGGCAGCGCAUCGGCAGGUUCUGUGGCACCGUCAAACCGGGGGCCCUGGUGUCCAGCAGCAAUAAAAUGUUGGUGCAGAUGACUUCUGAUGCCAAUACUGCUGGGAGUGGAUUCAUUGCCAAGUUUUCUGCAGCAGAACCACACGAAAGAGGGGACCAGUACUGCGGGGGCCGGCUGGAGAAACCCUCGGGCUCCUUCCACACGCCCAACUGGCCAGAGCGGGACUACCCCGCGGGAGUCACCUGCUCCUGGCACAUCGUGGCCCCGAAGAACCAGCUGAUAGAGUUAAAAUUUGAGAAGUUUGAUGUGGAAAGAGACAACUACUGCAGAUAUGACUACGUUGCAGUGUUUAAUGGUGGGGAGAUCAAUGAUGCCAAAAGAAUUGGGAAGUACUGUGGAGACAGUCCACCAGCGCCUAUUCUGUCUGAGAAAAAUGAGCUGCUCGUUCAGUUUUUAUCUGAUUUAAGCUUAACAGCUGAUGGCUUUAUUGGCCAUUACAAAUUCAGACCAAAAAAGUUACCCACAACUACAGCUCUGCCUACAACCACAACAGUCCCUGCUACCUCAACUGUGAAACCUACAGUUGCCCUGUGCCAGCAGAAGUGUAAAAGGAGUGGGACUCUGGAAAGCAAUUAUUGUUCAAGCAACUUUGUAAUAACUGGAACUGUAAUCACAACAGUAACACGGGCUGGCAGUCUGCAUGCAACAAUAUCCAUCAUUAAUGUAUAUAAGGAGGGGAAUUUAGCAAUCCAGCAAGCUGGCAAGAAUAUGAGUGCCAAAAUUCUUGUUAUGUGUAAGCAGUGUCCUCUCAUCAGGAGAGGUUUAAACUACAUCAUCAUGGGCCAGGUAGAAGAAGAUGGCAGAGGCAAAGUCUAUCCCAACAGCUUUGUCAUGAGUUUUAAGACUAAGAACUCAAAGAUCCUAAAUGCCUUGAAAAACAAAACAUGUCAAAAUUGAACUCUGCAGCUGUGUUCUAUCAUCUGUCUUGAACAAUCAUUUUACCUUAGCCUAAGUCAUGGAAAUACAAGUGACUGCCAACAGUACAACCAUGCUGACCCUUCCUCCUCUCCUGUCCACAUAAGGACAGCUGGCACAAAGUGAAAUCCAUUCCAUGUACCAGAUGAGAACAGACCCUCCUAAGGCUGAAAGCCGAAGAUUUGCAGCACAGUCAUCUGAUCUCAUAGAAAAAUUCUAAUUACUUGGAAGAUGUUAAUUUAUAACUGUCCAAUUUUUUAAGGAGUUUUGUACGUAAAAUAAGAAUUCUAAGUGCAAUAUUUAUAGCAACUCAGUUCAACUUAGCUUUUUUCUCUAAAGUUGUUUUAUUACAUGGAUUUCUGCAUUAUUAUCAGUGCUUAAUAAAAUAUUUUAAGAUUAAAUCAUCCACCAACUAGUUAUUAAUUAUUUAUAAAGUGGGGCAGCUAAAUAUAGAAACUGUUUUUUGAUCAUUUACAUGCUUUUGAUGGUUUGGGCCUUGCACAUCGUAACUGACACUACACUUCCUUGCUGAUUAAGGGUCUGAUUUUCCUUUCAUGGAAGUCAGUGAAUCAUUGAUCAGAACAGGAACUCUUCAAAGAAUUAGACAGCUGUAAACCAGCACCACACUUUUCUCCACUGAUGACCAUCUGCUUAGUAAAUGUCACUGUUAAGUUCUGUAAGGUAAUAAGGUAGAGGAAAGUAGGAAUUAAUUUAGUUGUGGUAAGGUGCAUAUAGAAUCUAAGAUCCCUUUAAUUAUUUAUUUUACUUGUAUAUAAAUACCAGAGCAGAGU